GGUGUUUUUUUGUGAGGUAGUUUGACCUGGCAAGGAACCCGUAGCCGUAGUCAGGAGGGGGCGGAGCUAACUCGUGCGCCGGGAAAGAUGGCGGCCGUCGUCCGCUGCUUUCGCGUCCCUGCGACUGGCCUUCGGUCGCCAAGGACAGGGUAUUGUGUUUCUCUGUCAGCAUCACCUAUUCUUCACCAUGACCGCCAAGUUCAUUACUCUGUAAUUCCCCAUGGAAAAAGUGGGCGCUCUUCCGUCAGUGGCGUAGUGGCUACUGUCUUUGGGGCCACAGGAUUCCUGGGUCGAUAUGUUGUUAACCGCCUGGGGCGCAUUGGUUCCCAAGUCGUCAUCCCAUAUCGCUGUGAUCAGUAUGACCUCAUGUACCUUCGACCCAUGGGUGACCUAGGACAGCUUCUUUUUAUGGAAUGGGAUUCUCAUGACAAAGAUUCUAUCCGAAGAGCUCUUGAAUACAGUAAUGUUGUUAUCAAUCUUAUUGGAAAAGAAUGGGAAACAAGAAACUUCAAGUAUGAAGAUGUCUUUGUUAAUAUUCCCAGAAAUAUUGCCCAGCUCUCAAGGGAAGCUGGAGUAGAAAAAUUAAUUCACAUUUCCCACCUGAAUGCAGAUGUGAAAAGUCCUUCAAAAUACCUUAGGAAUAAAGCUAUUGGAGAGAGAGUUGUAAGGGAAGAAUUUCCAGAUGCUAUCAUUUUGAAACCUUCUGAAAUGUUUGGGAGAGAAGAUAGGUUUUUCAAUCAUUAUGCAAAUAUGCAUUGGUUUGGUGGAGUUCCACUGAUUGCAUUUGGAAGAAAAACUGUAAAACAGCCUAUCUAUGUUUCUGAUGUUGCCAAAGCAAUCAUUAGUGCUAUUAAGGAUCCUGAUGCAAAAGGAAAAACAUACACAUUGACUGGCCCUCACAGAUACCUCCUUUAUGACUUGGUACAGUAUCUAUAUGCAGUGCUCCACAGAGUUUACCUCCCGUAUCCAUUGCCACGUCCUAUUUAUCAUUUAAUUGCAAGAUUUUUUGAGAUGAAUCCAUUUGAGCCUUGGACAACAAGGGACAAAAUUGAUCGGUUCCACACCACAGACAUGAGAUUCCCUAACCUUCCUGGAUUGGAAGACUUGGGUGUCGUCCCAACCCCUGUAGAACUGAAAGCCAUUGAAGUCCUGCGGCGUCAUCGUAAAUAUCGCUGGCUGGAAGCUGAUCUCGAUGAAGCAAAACCAGCUAGGACUGUUAAUAACAUGUAAUGAUUGUUUUCUUGAGCUUUUCAACGUGAAGUUACAUUGAAAUUACUUGUGUGAAGAAGUCUGUAAUACAAGCUAAUUUCAUAAAUAAAUCAUGUAACCUUUAUGAUAUUGUUGUCAUGGAAGAAGGUUCCAAUAUGAGAUGUGAAUAUGAGUCCUGUUGCACAUGUUGAGUAUGUUUAUAUUGAAGUACAUUGCCACUCAUGUGAAUAUGCCUCUCUUCAUACUGGGGACUACACAUAUACACUAGUAGGAAGCUUUUCUGAUAGCAAUUGAUGAAGAAAAAAUCUUUGGAUUGUGUUGGAAAGUAAGUGGUGAUAUAAUGUCCAGAUGCAAUAAAAAUAUAUGAAUUCUAUUUGGGGCAUAAUUUGAGAGUGAGUUCCUACCAUUCUGUCCUUGUAACUUAAAUGUUAUUAAGCACACUUUUACUGCUCUGGUCACCAAAUCUAAAAUUUCAGAAUGUGCAAUACUCAGACAGAAAAGCUUUGUUGUUCCCUUUAAGCUCUAUAACUAGUUCCAAUCCAGUUGCUAACUUUUUAUACAUUAUAUAAGUGGUUCUCAACUUGUGGGUCCCCAGAUGUUUUGGCCUUCAACUCGCAGAAAUCCUAACAGCUGGUAAACUGGCUGGGAUUUCUGUGAGUUGUAAGCCAAAACACCUGGGGACCCACAGGUUGAGAACCACUGCACUAUAUGAAAUGUCUUGUUUGUGUCAAAAAUGCAUUUUGAUUUUGAUUUUGAUUUUAUCUAACUCAAGGUGACCAUGGGUGUUACCUAUAUUUUAGCACGGGGCCAGAGAAUAGUGGCUUUCCACCAUGUGUUUUGGAAGACAACUCCUAGAAUGCCUUAUUUGAAUAAAGGUCAAAAGUUUCUCAAGUUGUAUCUUAGCAGCACAGUAACUCUCUGUUCCUGAAGAGGGAAAAACUCAUCUAAAGUCCCCUCAGUGAGCUGCAUCCCAGGUUCAAUUUUUUUUAUUACAUUUACUUUAUUAUUUUUGUCCUGCUUUUUUCCAAUAUAGGGACUCAAUCUACUAACAAUAAAUAUAGAACAAUGCUGAUUAAAAACAA